UGCGUAUUUAGUCGGUCAGAUUUUCGAACUGAAAGUCACGUGGAGAUGUACUUUGUAAGUUGAGCAGCGGCCAUUGCAGUUUUACCCGGGUCCCAGCUUUUUUAACGCUUUUCAACUAGCACUUUUUAUUUUAUUUUUUAACAUUUAGCAAUUAAAAAAAAAGUCAAAAGCCGUUGUUAACGUAUCGCUAGUAAGUAAUGCAUGCACAAAUUGUCUCUCAAAUUCAUUAGAGGUUGAUGUUGUUUUUAACCAAUAAAUUUAAAAAUGGCAGAAAAAUGAAGAAAUCGAACAUAAACGAAGGAGAGUAUUGGAUUCAAAUAGUCAGGAAUUACAGAUUAGAAAUGAAAGACGGUGAAAUGCAAAAUAACAACGAAAUGAAGGGAACAUCCGAUCAGUCAGGAAGCAGGAAACAAAGCGAAAACAAAGUCAGAAGAGAAUUUCCCGAAUACGACUCCAUCAUGCUCGAUUGGGAAAGAAGCGAACUGGGCACGAUAACGGCGAGGAAAAUUGAAUUUAAACAAGAAGAUAAAAUCCGUGCGAGAGAAACGUACAAGAGGUUGAUGGUUGUGCUAGAAGACGAGUUAUUUAUACCAGGACCUACCAUGCCCAAUAUUGCCAUACCUUCUGCUGAAAUGGAAAAACUCGACAUCGAAGAAUGCACGAACGCUGAAACAAGUACAGCCAAACCUAGUAAAAUGACAAAGACGCCUAAAAGGCAUGGCGUCAAGACAAAAAAGAAUACAAGAAAUGAACGAGGUGAACACCGUUGUACGAGCCCUGUAAUGCCUUCGGUCUCUCCUGCGACAGGCAUUGCGAGGCCUUCCUUGGGCACUGAUCACCCUUUAUCGUUUCCUGUGAUAGUCAGUCAAGAACGUAGUGCAUCGACUUCUAAGGGAAGCCACAAGCACGAUUCAGGACAUGUUGCUAGGACUUUCUCUUUCAAUGAAAGUCUUGUCGAAGUCGCAGAUGCAAUGGCACAAUUGAUGGAGAAUUCAAAUCCAGUUGAGGCCAUUUACAAACUUUUAAUGGUACAACGUGAUGUUAUUCACCAGGCUCAUUCCUCAAAUGAUCCGGAGGCAGAUCAAAUUAAGCUGACACCUGAAGAACUUAUAAAUACUCUUUAUAGACUUGUCCAAGAUCUAGAUAAGUUUCUAGGAACAAUUGGAAAUAUUAAUAAUGCUCGUCAAAAAGUGAAUUAUUGGAUUUUAUUAGGCAGAAUUUACAUGUACAUGCCUAAUUUGCACUCUAAAAUGAUCGAUGGCAUUGAAAGAGCAGCAAAAUUAGACCCAACAAGGCACGAACCGUGGAAUAUGUUGGGCGAUUUUUACUAUUACAAAAGAAACAAUCUUACGAUGGCAAGGAGCUGUUUCGAAAAUGGAGCAGCAGCGUUUUUCAAUCCAGUUUCCCUCAGGAUGUUAGCAUUAGUAGAACUGAAAUGUGUCGAAUCUAUGGCCGGCUUGACGCCGACAGAUAGGAGGCGGGCAUUGACCAGAUCGAUCAUAUAUGCUCAACAUGCUGUACUGUCUAAAUUCGAUGAUGGCAAAUCUUGGAUGAUACUAGGAAAUACUUAUCUCACAUCACACUUUUCUGGUAAUCCGAGUCCAAACUAUCCAAAAUAUGCCCUUGCCUGUUAUCUAAGGACUGAAAGAUCGCUGAUCCCAUUCGUUACACCAGAACUGUAUUUUAAUAAAUAUAUUGCGCUCACUUAUUUGGAACAUUUUUAUGACGGUAUCUGUGCCCUCAAUGAGGCAAAACAAUUGAACCCGGGUUGGAUGGUUCCAAAAUUAAGGAGAAAGCAUCUUAAGAAGUAUUUACAAGUUUUGACUGAUUACAGUUUAUAUUAUGGGUAUUUGUCAACUAAAAAAAUUUCUCAAAUGAAGAAGGUUAUACGAGAUAAGGGUUUGACCUUAUUAUCCAGUUUUACAGGUACCCCUAGUACACUGGAAGAUCUAAAAAGCAAUGAUAACCCAGGACGUAUAAUUUAUGGAAAAGUUAUUUGGACGUUAUCAUCCGACUAUAUAUUUCCUUACACAUUUGGAAUGAUUGAUGUCAAAGGGACAUCUUUCGUCGUUACAGUAUUUUAUAUGCAGAGAAAGAAAAAAUUUGUCAUAGGCGACAAUAUAGGCAUUAAAGAUCCCAUUCUUACUCAUUACAACUUUGUGUUUGGACAAGCACAUCAUGAAGUGAAAUUUUCUAAAAUACGAGUCAAUUGUCCAACGGAGCUUAUUUUAAAUGGACUACCUGUUCCUAAAGCCUACGUAGAUCCUAGAGAGCUUUAAGAUGUUCAGGUAUGCUUGGGAAUUCAUCCGAAAAUUGGUUUUGUCGAUGACUCUAAUUUUUUUCAAUGUAUCAAAUCAUUUUUAAAAUAAAUGUACGACUCUAAAGUUGAACAUUUUCUAAAAACUU